AUGCAAAGUGCUUUAGUAGGCUCCUGGCACAACAGUGGCUUCUAUGGGCACUACAGAGGCCAAUUCAAGAGUGAAAGUGCUCGAGAAUAUCGCCUUGCAGCCAAGCCCCAGCCCCCAGCAGUGUUCCUGCAGCGCUGUCAGGAGCCAGCGCAGCAACAUUUCUUCUCCAAGCAUGACAACCGCACUUCCUUUGACAAAGGCCCCUACUGCCUGCUACAGGGAAUCGGAAGGCGGAAAGACCUGGAGCGCCUGUGGCAGCAGCACACCUUCCUGCGCUGGGCACCCUGUGAACUGGAGUUGCGCCAGCCACGGCCCCUUGAAUCCUCCUACCAGGCUGAUUUCCGGUCAGGGCCAGGACUCAGUGACCUCCCCCAGCGCCUUGCCCACUUUGUGCAGAUCCAGCCUUCCCGUGCCAGCACCACCUACCAGCAGAACUUCUGCCAGCCAUCCCGUGGUAGCCAUUGUGGCAGUGACAACAUGGGGCCCCAGGCCCCAGUCACCAACACACUGCCUGACCUCCCAGGGAUCCCAAGACCCAAGCUGCUGCAGCAUUACCUUCAUGCUGGGGUCUCUGAGUGUCUAAACUGGUCCAGAACAUUAAACAAGGACAGCUAA